AUGUUUUCUUCCCUUACGCGUGCAGCACUCUCGCUGCUACUCCUGGCACCGGCGAGCUUAGCUAUUAUCACCCACCAAGGCCAUGCUGUCUCAGGGGAAGAUGCCCUAUCUCAAUGGCUCGAGCUCCAGGUCCCGGAAAACGAGACUCUGGCCGCCAGAGAUCUGAUUCACGGGAUGAGCGGGUGGAACCCAACGUCGCUGCUGUCCAAGAGGCAACGCGAAGAGAACGGAGACGGCGCUCUUCUUUGCGAAAACGGCGAAUGCGUCGAUCACAGCUGCUGCGGACCCGACGGGAUCUGCGGAUACGGCCCUGACUUUUGCGGUGAAGGCUGUCAGAGCAAUUGCGACGCCACAGCCAUGUGCGGAAAGUUCUCUGAGGGCGGAGACAUUGCGUGCGGGCUUGAUCUCUGCUGCUCCUGGGGCGGGUGGUGCGGGACCGCCGAUGUACAUUGCAUCGGUCCCAACGAAUGGGCUCUAUGUCAGGAAGACUACGGCAAGUGUGAGAUUGUGAGGCCUGAGAAGUGUGGCUCCGGCUCCGGGACAGCAUCUGGUCGCAUGAUUGGGUACUACCAAGCCUCCAACGUCCGCGACAGAGCCUGCAACAAGAUCUCCCCUUCGCAGAUCAAGACCACGGGCUACACGCAUCUAUACUUUGCUUUUGCGUCUAUCAACCCCGGGACGUACAAAAUUACGCCUUGGGACGAUGGCGACGCUGAACUCAUGCGCGAGUUCACCAAGCUCAGGGGCCAAGGCAGGAAUCUACAGACCUGGAUCGCCGUCGGUGGGUGGGCGUUUAGCGAGCCCGACGCGGCGACGGCAACCACUUGGGCGGACAUCUGUGCCGAUCAGUCCAAGCGAGCCAUCUUCAUUCAGUCCUUGAUCGACUUCAUGGUGGAAUACGGAUUCCAGGGAGUCGACCUCGACUGGGAGUAUCCAGGAACGCCCGAGCGAGGCGGCUCGCGAGCCGACAUUGCCAACUUUGUCACUCUGGUGAAGGAAAUGCGCGAGGCCUUCGGCACCAAUUAUGGGAUUAGCCUUACCCUUGCCCCCGAUUACUGGUAUUUGCGGUACUUCGAUGUGGCAGGUCUCGACCCUUAUGUUGACCACAUGGGAUUCAUGGCAUACGAUCUGCACGGUUUCUGGGAUGCAGACGUGGAUGCCCUUGGCUCCAUCGUUCGCGGCCAAGCCAACAUCAACGAGAUCGCCAACAACACCCUGCCCCUGGCGUAUGCCGGCGUUGACCCCGCCAAGAUCGACAUAGGUAUUGCCUGGUACGGUAGAGGAUACACCCUGUCUGAUCCGUCCUGCAACACCCUAGGGUGUCCCUUUUCCGGCCCAAGCAGACCCGGCCGCUGCACAAACAGCGCUGGUGUCCUCUCACUGGUAGAGAUUCAGCAGAUGAUUGCAGCAGGCGAGGCCAAGUCCAACAUGCUUCCUGAAAUUGGCAUGAAGGAGCUUGUGUGGGACGAUCAAUGGAUCGGCUAUGAUGACGACGAGACAGCAGCUCUGAAGCGUGCUUUCGCCAACGACAACUGCUUUGGUGGCCUCAUGGCCUGGUCGGUCGACUUCAACUCUGGCGAAGGCGAUAGCAACGACGCACCCUUCACCCCCGACACUGAUGCAGGCGAAGAACUCGAGCCCUGCUUCUACUCGCCCACCACGUUGGACCAGAUCAACAACCUGGACUUCAGGAACGAGCUACCUACCCACUGCGUUGCCCAGUAUAUGACGCCGGUCCUUCACAACAUGCUGCAGAAGGCGCUGGAUCGCUUCCAAGAGAUCCUGGACGACGGGUACGACGGGUACUUUAACACGUACGCCGAGUACCUGGUAUCUGAGUCCAACUCUGUUGUGUAUAGUUUCCUCAAGGAACACGGCAAGGAGUACUUUGAUUGCACGGUCACAAAGCAGGUUUGGUGCUGCACUAGCUGCGACCAUAUACUCGAGGCCAGUUGCAGUGACUGCAUCGAAGACUGCAACAUUGAAAGUCCGUGGGACGAUGGCUCAGAGUAUGUUGAGCUCUCGAAAACCUGCCCUCCUGACACGAGUGGUGGCAAUGAUUGGAAGCAAUCCAUUCGCUGGAAGUUGAAAGAAGACAAGGAGGAUGAGUGGUGGGCGGCCAUCACGGCAGAGACAGGAGCACCAAAAGAUGACUUCGUUUGGAGUGAGUAUGGCAGGAUCCGCAACACGCACCUGAGCGCCUCUUGCGCAAGAGAGUUCGCAUACAACGGCAUCGAGGAAAUGUCUGAACCGUGCUACUACGAAGGGUUUUGGUUCGACAAGCCCGCAGUCGGAGACGGCUUUGAGGAGAGCGAUGUUGUCAACCCGAAAGAUGCGGUCGAGCAAGCCCUCAAGAACAGCACGAUUCUGUUGGAGCCGCUCGCCACGGACUCCUUUGAGAUUCUUGAAGGUGUAUACGAGGACAGCGCCCGGGACCUCGUCGACGCUGUCCUGCUGCCCGUCCUCAUGAUUCAAGAAUCUCUCACCUUUAUGGAAAACGUCGUGGAAAUGGCCAAAGAGAUCGAGGAAGCAGAGAAGAAGACCUUGAUUCUGAACUUGCUCUCCGGGUUCCUGUUCCUCUUGGGGGGCGCGGGAUCGACCUUGGCGUCCGCCGGCAUGCAGACCAUCGGUCGCAUCGCUGUGUACCUAAGCGAGCUGGGCGGCACCGGCAUGGGUAUCUACGGUAUCAUUAACGACCCGCAGUCGGCCCCCAUGAGCAUCUUCGGUUUCAUCAUGAGCGGGCGAAGCAUUCGCGACGUGAACAAUGUUGCAAAUGCCGCGAAAAUCAAGCGCUCCACCACGUACAUGGAGCUGUCCGAGUUCAGCACCUACGUGGCGCGGUGGUCGGAGUCAGUGGAGGGUUGGAACAAAGCACCCAAGAAGUACGCCACGUGCGGUUAG